AUGCUCGAUAGUGUAGCCACUGAGGAUAUGAAGCCGGACGAGUGGGCGGCUUUGUCGCUUGCGGUUCAUCAACGUCGACGCGAAACUUUCCACGAUAUCGAAGCUCGGAUCGCGGAACUUACGUAUCGCGUUCGUUUGGGUCUCGGGAACUAUGACGGACUCAAUGGCAGCGUGAAUACCGGUACAAACCCGGAUCUCAGAUGUCCUCCGAACAUGUUCCGGUUUACGGAUCUGCUACUGGUUCUGACAAUGCGAGUGUUGCCAUUGGAAAGUCUCACAGUUCAGGAAAAAGUGGAUGAGUUGGCGAUGAGAGGAUACGCUUUUCGUCAUCGGAAGGCGAUUAUUAUCCAAUCAGCUUUCAGGAUGUCCCGAGUCCGUCGUCGGAUGAAGAGUAAGAUCCGAAUGGCGAGACGAGCGACCAAAACGACUCUAUCACUUCGAAUUACACUACCGACACUGUUGCUACCAAGUCUUUCGAUACGCAGUGCCACACCCGAACGAGCACGAGCACCAGCUACAGUGGCUCCGAUCCUGUCUGAACAUUUAGAGUUGCAACCUGAAGCGAGCGACGCCAGAAAGUGCUCUAUCUAG